GUUUGAACCAAAAAGCGGAGUGACCUUCCUCCGCUCUCAGUGAGUCUGAGAGGGGCAGCACUGAAGCAAUAAGCCGGUUACAGCUCCUACAGUCCCCCACUUAAGCCACAGAAAUGAACAACAACUUAGUCGGAGAUGAAGUCGGUAAACUUUUUGUGGGUGGCUUGGACUGGAGUACCACACAAGAGACACUUAGAAACUACUUCUCACAGUAUGGGGAAGUAGUAGAUUGUGUCAUCAUGAAGGACAAAGCUACAAAUCAGUCGCGAGGCUUCGGCUUUGUCAAAUUCAAAGACCCCAAUUGUGUACGGACAGUACUGGAGACAAAGCCGCAUAAUCUUGAUGGAAGAAAUAUUGACCCGAAGCCAUGUACUCCCAGAGGAAUGCAACCUGAAAAGUCUCGAACCAAGGAGGGCUGGAAGGGCAGCAAAGCCGAUAGCAAUAAAUCAAAGAAGAUAUUUGUAGGUGGAAUCCCCCAUAACUGCGGCGAGCCAGAACUCAGGGACUAUUUCAAUAGAUUCGGAGUGGUCACAGAGGUGGUAAUGAUCUAUGAUGCGGAGAAGCAGAGGCCCCGAGGUUUUGGAUUUAUUACUUUCGAGGCCGAACAAUCAGUGGACCAGGCUGUCAACAUGCAUUUUCACGACAUCAUGGGCAAAAAAGUUGAAGUAAAGAAGGCUGAACCUCGUGACAGCAAAGCUCCUGGCCAGGUCGGCCCAGGCCAGUGGGUGUCUCGGGGCAUCCUGAGCGCAGCUAAUGGUUGGACAGCACAGCCUGCCCCGGGCUGGCAGCAGCCUUACGGGGCGCAGGGAGUGUGGGUGUCGACUACUGGCCAACCUUUAGAUCUGUUCUGUGUUGGAGCAGGCGGCUAUGGACCUCAGUUGACAGCAAGCCGCGGAAACCCCACACAGCCUCCAUCACCUUUCAACGCAUUCCUGGUCACGACCCCGGCAGGCGGCUUCGCUGCACCUCAGGCCUUCCCUCAGCAAGGCUACAGCACCGCACCUCAGUUUGGUUACAGUUUUGGCACACCCCAAGCAGACCAGUACGCUCAACAGGUUCCUCCUCCGCCCACAACUCCAGGAACUGCACCUCUGGGCUUUGCCUCCGCCACCACACCGACUCAGGACUUGAGCAAAGCUCCCACUGGGCAGCCUGACUUCCCUUAUAGCCAGUAUGGCUUGGGUAACUACCUUCAGGACCCCUCUGCCUACGGACCAACGCGUCCUUCUCACAGUAAUGGUCAGGAUGAGCAGGGAGGAUAUAGUGCAGGGUAUGGGCAGGACCUGACCGCCUUCAGCCACACCUUCGCGGACCCCAGCCAGCAGACGGCUUCCUACGGGACAGCACAGCCCGCCGGCCCCCAGCCCGCUGCCACUGCAUUCGGCAGAGGGCAGAACCACAACGUACAGGGCUUCCACCCAUAUCGACGCUGACCACGACCUCUGGGCAUGGCAGCUGUGUAAAGUUCAGAAACAAAAAAACAAAAAAAAUAGAAGUCAGGGAUAUGUGUGUUUGCUAAAAAGCAAAACUGGAGUUCUGGAUUGUUCUGUGGGAAUGUUGACUGCACACAGUGAGUGAAACGGAAACCUUUGUGAAAGCAGGGAUUCCAGUAAAGUCAAAAUGGGUCUAAAGAAACCCAUGUUUUCUUUUUUGCAUAACUUUAUGAACAUUCAGCAGAAUGAAGCUUUUAUCCCCUACCCACCCCAUCCCAUGUUUUAUAGUAGGACUAAACUACUUUGCAAUAAUUUUGAUUGUCUGGUCAAACACUAGCACAGAGACUAUAUGUAAAGAGACUUGCAUAUAAAUAUGUAUAUUUAUGGUGGACACAAAUGAAAACAGGGUCUCAAGUUUCCUCAGCUUUAAAUUCUAGGGGAAAAUGUUUUUAUUUUUCAUUUGGUGGUUUUGUUUACUUUCUGAGCCUUUAAAGUUUGUUUAAAAUUGAGAUUAUGAAUAUAUAUAUAUAUAUAUAUAUUAUACACAAACUGUGCAAUUUUUUAAAAAGAGAAUUUUGUACUAUAAAUGUACACUUUGCUUGUUUUUUUAUUUAAAGAUGUAGACUUCCCUCAGGUGGCUCUUUUGGGUGCAUUUUUUGCACUUACGCAAAAAGGAAAAAAAAGGACAAAUUAUUACAAAAAUAAAUGUUUUAAGGAUACCGUGCUUGUCCCGGUUGUUUAUAUUUGGUUGUGGAUGUAUUUGCUUCUAGUGUUUCAAUGGUAAAACCUACAAAAUAUAGCUGAAACAAUUGGUUGAUAAUAUUUUAGUAGAUUGAUAUUUUUGAUGAUUAAUUAAUUGAAUCAGCCGUUUUUUUCAAGCAAAAAUGGCACAUAAAAUGGUUAAUGCAUCAAAUGUUAAAGAUGUGCUGCAUUUAUCUGUUUGAUAUUAAUAAAAACAAAUAUUUUUA